GGAAGAAAGAGGCAACUAAAUAAAUGUAUGUUUAAUAAUUAACAGUUUUUAAUGGGAAUGUACAUGCUAUUAAUGUCAGGAAAUAAACUUACAGUUUUUCAUGGGCUGUCAGCAAAUGUCUUCUUUGCAGGAAAAAUGACCAGUGAACCAUGUAUUGUACACAUUUAAAGUUCAGAGAACUCUCACAUGAUAAAUUUCAGAUCUGUGGUUUUUGUGUGAGGAUUUCCUUCUAAACUUAAUGUCAGUAGAGACAUGUUCUUUAAAUGUUUAUGAUGUUAAUGAAUGAAAAUUGAUUAUUUUAAAUUUUAAAUUGCUGUAUUUGCAACAAAAAUAUUGAAAUAUUGUGCUAGUGCAUCAGAAGAAAGUGAACCCAAUUCAUUUUCAUUGUCCAAGCAAAGUGAACUCGGAACCUGAAAAAAAGAGAAUCACUCACGAAAAGCAACCUAGACUUGAAAAUUGUUUUCAGUUUUAGUGAUCUCAAAUGUAACAGUGUGAUACGUUAGAAAAAUAAGGGUUUUUUUACUCAUUUUACUGCCAGGUUUUUUUAACUGGAAAGUGUUGCUUUAAAUCUCAUAUUUAAGACAUACAGCAAAAUGAAAUAAUAAUUAAAAAUGUUAAGCUGUAGUCAAUGAUCCAGAAAGUAGUUAUUAAUAUUUUGAUAUAAUACUUCUAAAAGUUUUCUAUAUUCUACAAAUAUGAUUUGUCACUUUGGUGACAUUAUCUUCUGAUACUUUCUGUCCUGCACUCUGAAUUGUUGUCCAUCUGUGUUCUCUGCCAUUGAGAUUUUGGAUGCCUCGAUUUAAAAUAUCACGAUCACUUCUUUUCUGUGAAGUUCUUCAUAGUUUUCAGAGGCAUAUUACUGUAUCUCUGGCAAAUCUCUCAUUUCUCUUAGAUCUAGACACUUGGUCUCUUUCACUGUCUGGUGCGCCAAUUUUCUGGUGCAUCAUUCUCUCACUUCUCUACUCCACUCUGGGUCCUUAGAAUAUAUUUUCAAAAUAUUGUAUAGAUAUCUUCUCCCCAAUUGUUUCUUGCAGGCAGAGAUGAGCACAUAAAACUCACCAGUCUCCCAUGCUAUUAUUUCCUCUUCCAUCUCUCAGACCAUCUGUUGCACUCAACAGCCAUGGAACCUUCAAGCCCUAAAGUGCCAUCUGCUUCCUAAAGACCCCCUGUCCCUUCUUUCUCCAUAAGUAUUCAUCUGCUCUUUCAAUGGGACAGGCUCUAGAGAAGUCUGGAUAACCAAAAGGGAGGCAUAUUAUACUCUUCCCAUAUAUCUUCUUGCCCCCUCUUUUGUAUAUUUAAGGACGUCUGCAUGAAAACAAGAAAAGUUCCUUUUCUUAACAGUUCGUCUGUUCCUGCUCUUUGUUCCCUACCUCAAGUAGUAAUAUAAAACACCGUGGUAUCAGUCAUUUCCACAGCAACCAGUUGCUAUUUCACAGAGGAUGACGACUGGAGGAAUCAACAGCAGGAACAGAUGGACACUCAAGAAACAAAUAUUUUGUUUUCAUGAAAAUGACUUGAUAACACAGAACAAGGGUAGUAAAGUGGAAGAUCUUUAAAAACUUUCCGUGAGACUAACUUCUGCACUUUCGUCUUCCUUCAGUUUCUUUGGUCCUGGAGUUUGUGAAGUGGGACUUGAAGAACUGGUUUAAAGGACAAAGGCAUGACACUUUCUUAGUCCUGCAGUGGAAUUGCUUGGUAUGAAAAGAACUCUGCGAUAAAAGCUGGAAAGACUGAAAUUUUGUUUUACAACUCCUCAUGUGUGAUUCAGCAUCACUCAGGAAGCUGAGGUGACUUUUUUAGUACUUGUGGGGAUUCCAAUUGGAAGGUUUUACUGGCCUUUGAUCUGAUUAAUUCCUGAAGAUGGCAAGUAAAGGGCCCACAACAUCUACAUCCACUGAAAACUCCAGUACUGGAGGGACCAGUGGCAGCAGCAGUAAUGGUGCUGGGGACAAUACUAAUCAGGACAGCACUUUUGAAUGCAACAUCUGUUUAGACACUGCCAAGGAUGCAGUUAUCAGCCUGUGCGGGCACCUCUUCUGUUGGCCUUGUUUACACCAGUGGUUAGAGACCAGGCCAAACAGGCAAGUGUGUCCAGUAUGUAAAGCAGGAAUCAGUCGAGAUAAAGUUAUUCCUUUGUAUGGAAGGGGCAGUACUGGGCAGCAGGACCCCAGAGAGAAAACUCCACCACGACCACAGGGACAGAGACCUGAACCAGAGAACAGGGGGGGAUUCCAAGGCUUUGGGUUUGGAGAUGGUGGCUUCCAAAUGUCAUUUGGAAUUGGGGCAUUUCCCUUUGGUAUAUUUGCCACAGCAUUCAACAUAAAUGAUGGGCGACCUCCACCAGCUGUUCCAGGAACUCCCCAGUAUGUGGAUGAGCAGUUCCUAUCCCGGCUCUUCCUGUUUGUGGCUCUGGUGAUCAUGUUCUGGCUAUUGAUUGCAUAACUCUGCUUUGUACCUUGCAUAUUCGUGGUCAUCAGGGUCUCUGAACUAGUUUAAAAACUGCUUCCCCAUCCCACUUUAAGCUCUUGGUGUCUGGUUCCAUAGCUAAUCACAGGUUCCAAGAAUUGGUGCCACAAACACAUUGAGGAAUCUCGUAUAUUGCACCAGAACCUUGGAAUUAAAUAACUGUUAACAACCAUGUCUUACCUCAGCCAUGUCUCCUACCGCUGGUAUCCAGAUACAACCAUGGACCUAGCUUUGAGCUUCACUCUCAAAGGGAGCGUUGCUUUUGAAAUCCUGUGCCAAUCAGCUAGGACAGGUUUAUGUGGAAGGCGCUAGAACUGAAGGAGUGUGGGCGGGUGAGGAAAGGAACCUACUGCUUUGUUCAUCAGUAUCACUUGUGUAGUAACUGUGAUGGGAAAGAAAUGGAUCAGUUGACGUUCCAAAACAUUAUUUAAUCUUUUUAUAUCAAAGUCCAGUUCUUGCCAGGAAAUACCUGCAACACUAAAGAGACUUCUUGGGGAGAGCACCUGCCUGAAAAUGGAAUCCGCUUUGGAGACCAGUGUUCUAUAUGUGCUGUUACUCACCAGAGUUGUGAAAAGUCCAUGGCACUUGAAUGGCUGUAACAGGAUGGGUUAAGAAACUUCAGCCUAAAAUCAUAAAUUAGUCUCAAUUUUCUGGAGCUAGACACUUCAAAAUUCUCUCCUUGUGGGGUUGGCUAGAGUUGUUGGACAGCAGAGUACGUCUCUAGCCGUAUGCAGUGCUGUUCCUCAGUAACGAAGCAGUGUUGUUUUCUUUGGCUUUACUCAUGGAUAGUACCUUCAUAAUUCACUUGCUGUAACUGCACUCGUUCUCCAAAAACUGAAUGAUGCCCAGGACUAUUGUGUACUCUGAAUAAAGUCAUUUUACAGAUCUGAGCUUAUCUUGUUUGAAGGGAAGGGUCACAGUGGAGAUUUCUUAAGUAAAUUUUGAGAUUAACUUUUCAAAAAUGCAUUUAUGUUGGUAAAAAAAUUGAAAUCUAACCUUUCCUAUUGGGGGCCACUGUCAGAAAUAAUGUAAGAGCACUGCCUAAAUCAUAGUACACCAUUGCUUCUAGCCUAUAAGGAAUGGCUGUAGUGCAUGAGCUCUGCUGCAGAUUUGCCAAAGAUAUUAAUUUGAAAGACAGGAGGUUACCAAUAGACAUGUGCUUGCAGCUCUGAAAGCAAAUUCUGUUGGGCAUAAAGCUUUAAAAAGUGUUUCUGACUAAUCUUCUGGAUCCACAGUACCUGAAAUAUGAGGGAUUGCUUAUCUCUGACUUUCUUCUAACUGGACACUUUCAAAAGGAUGCUCUUCUAUUUUUAUUUUGAGAUACUGUUUCUUUGACUCAGAUCAUUAAUAGAGACUGACUUGCUGUCGAAAGGAAUUUUGUGACUUCUUGGGCAAUAAAUCAUGGUAUUUGACAAAACAAAUCAAUAUAAAUUAACUCAUUGACUUGUUUCAGGAGCUAGACUUUUUCUCCUCUACAAGUAUGAAGUGCCUGGGCAUGACAACUGUGAGCAGUAGCAGUGAAACCUACUUGCCUAAACAGAAACUGUUCAUCCAUCAGUGAUGAGGUGGAUGAGUAUGGGGAGGGAGUGGUGGGGGGGAUGAGGAAAGUUGGUAGGGGUUUUGUUUCCAUGCCUCAAAAGUUUCCUCAGGAAACAGGAUUUUGCAAAGCUGUUUUCUGCAGUGAUGCAAGGUCUGGUUGGGUCCAUCCACUGAGUAUAGGUAAUUAAAAUGCUGCUUAAACAGUGAAGGCACUUCAGAAGCUUCAGACCUUCUAAUUGACUUCUGUAAUGGAUAUUUUUGAAAUUAUGCAUUUUUAUCCUCAACUGAACACACAUUAUGAAACUUUUUUCACUGCCAUGAUGUUUUACUGAGAGACAGCCCCACCUGCUGGCAAAAAGAGAAAUUUUACCUGCUAAUAUAAAAGGGAUUUUGUACUUCCUUCCCUUUUACUAUUAUUCUGAGACACUGCUAUAAUCCUUUCAAGGUGACAGUGAAAAAUUCAGCUGUAACAGGAACAAAAUAGGUAUUAAACCAGAAUAACAUUUUUGUUUUGAAAUAUAAAGUUUUAAGCUUAAAUUUUUAUAUAUUUUUUGUUUGCCGGCUGCUCUUGAGAAGCUGAAGAGGUGCAGGCUGAAGCGGCUGCAAUGACAAGACUUAGUCAUUAAUUUCCUCACAAUCCAAGAAUGAGAUUAAGUGUUAAUGCUUCUGAUUAUUUUCUUUGUAUGUAUUUUGUAUUGUAUCAUUUCCUCCUCCCUUGUAUUCAGACUGCACAUGGCCUGCAGUUAGAGAAAGAUGGCACAUAUAGUGCAACCCUUUAUUGUUCACUAAUUUUCACUGUUGUGAAAGUGAUUUAGAAUAAAAAAAUGGUUUUA